CGGGGGUGGACGUAUCUAUGUAUGUACAGUUUGGCGCGAACGUACAUUUCAACGAAAAAUCUUUUAUUUUGUUAAACUAAUUGGAUUUCCACUGAUUCAAAAAAGUGGCUGGAUGUUGAUUGAAUUAGUGCUCAUGAGAUUGUCAUUGUUUUGAUUGCUGGUUUCGCAACAUGAAUCUUGCUUUCAUAAUUUACGGUUUCCUUCAAGCUGUAACCGCUGUCACUGUUACCUUCGUCGGUAAGAAGGAAGAAACGAAAUCUGUCUUAACACAUUUUAAAACAAAGAGGAAUCCCUUAUCUUAUCCUGAGUCUCGGAUUAGCGAAGGCUCCUCUGACAGACCAGAUUAUGGUACACUUAUUUGGACAGGACUUACAAAUAUAAGAUCAAAUGAAUAUAAAAAGAAUAGAAAAAAACAUACGUUGGAUGAUAUUUCAUAUGAACCGGUUUCUUUUGGACUCAGAAUGAAAAGAGAUUUAGGACCAAGAAACGUGAUGAUCACUCAACAUUUUAAUAAUAAAAUAGUAUCUCCGGGUGAAGAUGUUAGUUUACAGUGCACGGCGACAUCUGAUAAGCCGCCGAGAUUUAUAUGGGAGAGGGAUGGUGUUGUGAUUUCUUCUAACACUGACUCCAGAUACAUCUUGGGUCAGAUGAUGUCGGCGAGUGGCGUUGGUGUGAUAUCACAUUUGAAUAUAUCAAGAUCAAGGGUCGAGGACGGCGGCCUGUACACUUGUGUAGCCUAUGAAGGAGAUUCGAAUACACGACAUAGUUCUAGAAUUGAUGUUUAUGGACCACCAUACAUAAGAACAUUACCCCCGAUAAAAGUACAAAGCGGUGAUUCUUUGAAAUUAAGAUGUCCCUUCUAUGGAUUCCCAAUAAGUAAAUUAGAAUGGGAACACAGAGGCAAAAAGAUCAUUAGCACAAUGCUGCCACAGCACUCUAGAUAUAAAAGGACGGAAAACAGAUUCUCGGAUAAACAUAACAUAAUAGAACGCAGGGAGAGACAGGUGAUUGAGACUAGUGAGGACGGAUUGCUUAAUAUACAGAGGGUCGUUAAAGAGGAGAACGGGGAAAUGUAUACAUGUAUAGUUUACAGUCCUUCUGGAGAGAUGGCUAGGAGAUCCUUUGAGAUCCAGGUGGUUGAAGCCCCGGAACUGGAUGAACUGAGAGUUGGCUCCGGCUUGAAGGAGGGUCAAAUAGUACAAAUAACCUGCAACAUUAUAGGUGGAGAUCCCCCUAUAUUCUUCUCCUGGUUGAAAGACGGUAUGAAAAUACCCGCCAGUUUGAAGAUAAACGAAAGGAGUUCAGAAUUAUUCAGCGUAUUGAUAAUAAAGCGAGUGUCGCUGGAGCACUGCGGCCGGUACACUUGCAUUGCUACGAACCACGUGGGCAAGGUCAACCAAACCACAGAGCUUUAUAUAAACGUUGCACCAAAAUGGGUUGAGGAGCCAACGAACAAAUCUCUCUUAUUAGGACAUCGUGGUGUUGUUGAUUGUAAUGCAAACGGUUACCCUGAACCGCAGAUACAUUGGAUGAAGCGAGACAGUUUAGGAAUAUGGAGACCCAUCCUGGACUUGGCUGGUGGCGUAUCAAGUUACCCCAACGGUAGUCUAACUCUAGAAGUAGUGUCUUUGUCUGACGAAGGGGAGUACGCGUGUCACGUUGAUAAUGGAGUCGGAGAAGCUCUCAACAAGAAUCUCUGGAUAAGUGUCAAUAAGCCAGUGCAUUUUGAGUCUCUGGGCAUGAAUCUGACCACUAAAAUAGGGUUACCGAUAGCAUUAACUUGUCAACCGCUGGGAGACAGCCCUAUAAGGAUAAAAUGGACUUUGGAUGGGAAGCCAGUAGAAUUUACAUCCUCCAGAAUAACCAUAUCUGAGAGUCAAACGUACGCCGGUAUGAAUAGCACGUUAAGCAUCAAUUACGUUGAAGGAAGAGAUCGCGGGAAUUACGAAUGUAGAGCGAGCAAUCCAUACGGAGUGGAUAGUUAUAAUAUACAUUUAAAUAUAUUGGAACCUCCGAGUCCUCCACAGGAUUUCCAGGUGGAUACAGUGAGCAGUUCCAUAGCGAAGCUUUCGUUCAGAGACACUCUACCUCAUGUAGAGUAUUACACCUUACAGUACACUUCAAACCAAUACAGUCUAUGGGAGGCCGCUAAGACUAUUAAUAUAACAAGACAACAAGCCCCUCGUCAAUCCGUUCAGUUAGUAGGCCUUCAACCAUCGGCGGAGUAUAGAGCGAGAGUCGCCGCUGGGAAUAAAGUCGCGUUAAGCGAGUACACGUCCCCAGUACACUUUACUACACUACAGGAAGCUCCAUCUUCAAGUCCAUUGAGUGUUCAAGUGGAACAAACAGAAAAUCCCGGAGAAUUGUCCGUGUCUUGGAUCCAACCAUCCCGGGAAACACACAACGGAGCUCUACAAGGAUAUCUGUUGAAAGCUGUUCCAAGGAUUGGAGGAGAUAGUGGCACAAAUAAUUCACAAACUAAGUUAGUGAAAGUAAUGGCAAGGAAGGGAAAACAAGAAACUAUACUCACUAGUUUAUUAAAAAAUACCAGAUACGCGAUAUCUGUGAGUGCGUUUAACGCUGCUGGGAAUGGUCCAUUUUCUUUGCCGGUAUAUCAAACAACGAGAGAAGGUGCACCAGAAGAGCCUCCUUCUGGUGUUGAAUGCGUGGGUGCGUCGUCUACGUCGUUACGUGUAGCGUGGCGUGCUCCGUCGGCACCACAUCUUGGACACGUCCUGUUAUACAGUAGCGAAGAUGGUCCCUGGUUGAAUAUAUCGACUCCACAUUCCGAGUUAUAUAUCCAAGGACUUCUGAAGUACACGAAUUAUACCUUAAAAGUUGCAGCUUUUUCUAGUUACGGGGUUGGUCCUUACUCGUAUCCCGUAGUGUGUACUACAUUACAAGAUGUUCCGGGAGCCCCAGCGGCUAUCAAAGCGCUGGUGUCUUCGCCGACGUCGUUGAUAGUUAGUUGGAAGAAACCUGACCAGCCGAACGGAAUCAUCACACACUACACUGUAUACGUUAAACCAGUUACUAGCACCAACGCACCACAAAGCUAUCGUGUAGAUCCUAACCAGGAAUCCAACCUGUCACAACUAACUUUCUCUGUGACCGGCCUUACUACUGGUCUGCAGUACGAGGUCUUCGUCAGAGCUCAUACUACGGUCGGUGAAGGAAGCCCUAGUAAUAGAAUUCAUGUAGAAGUUACUUCUAGAGUGGUAGCUGGUAUAUCAUCGCUAUCAUCUUGGGUAUCAACUGGCGUAGGUCGAUCUCUACUGCUGUCCUGCCCGUGUUCAGGCUCGCCACCACCACGCACCGUGUGGUACCACAACCACAAUAUAAUAACCCACCAUCCCAGAUUCACGAGGAACCACGAUGAUAGCCUGCUUAUUAACAACAUAGACCAAUCAUUGAGUGGAAAUUACACAUGUCUAGCGAAAAAUUUAUACGGAUCAGAUUCAGUUUCGUAUGUGGUAUCAGUUUUACCGACUCCAGAUCCACCUAUGAUGAGGGUGACUCCUCAUAAGAACUCGCUGUAUAUACAAUGGGAUCAACCAAAGAAGAUUAAUGGGAAAAAUCAGAAAAUUACGUUUGAUUUAACAUGGAAAGAAGCAAAUGGUAUCUGGCAAGAUGCCUGGUCGAAUAAAGUGGCCACUAUUCAGGGAGUCCAAGAUUUCAAUUUGGAAGGUCUCAAAUGUGGGACGAAGUACUCUCUGAGGAUGACAGCGGCAAAUAGCAUUGGUUCAUCACAACCAGCGUAUAUCGACGCUUCUACAUUAGGCGGGGUCCCAAUAUCACCAACGACAACAGAAUGGUUCUGGAGUAACGCAACACACAUAUACAUACAACUCAGUGGAUGGGAGGACAACGGCUGUGAGAUUACCAAAUGGGAAGUUGAUUACCGCGAAUAUGGAGGGAAAGUUUGGAGACGGGCGGAGAAUAAGCUGCCAUUACAUCCAUGGAGUCACUACUCCAGUCCCAACACCUUCGCUCUGAGCGACCUCACGCCCGGUCGAUGGUACCAACUGAGGGUACUCGCUGAGAACUCCGCGGGGAUCACCUCCGCGGUGUUCAUGUACGCCACCACCACGGAAAUGGGGGAGUCUAUCGGUCCACCAACGGAUUAUAUUGACUUCAACAUGAUAGUUAUAAUUUGCAGUUCAAUAAUGCUAUUCGUUUGUCUCGCGGCGUGUCUCUACAUCAUCGUUAAGAGACACAAUCAUCAAAGGCUAACAGAAUACAGAAAUUCUUUGACGGUUGAAUGUAAAUCUGAGCGAAGUAACGUGACCGUUAAUACGCCACAGAGUAUACCGAGUGAGGUCAAUAAUAGAGUUUAUAGCACCCCGGUGCAUUUAACAGCUGAUAAUAAACAUGAACUUUACGAGAUAAGUCCUUACGCUCAGUUUGCUCUCGGGUUCCGUACUUUCGGUCACGUUGAGAACAACGCAGCGCCACGGCCAGGGAGGUAUGACAGCGAAACAAGUUUCCAAAUGCGUUCAGAAUCAGAGGACAGUGAUUGUGUAUCAAGAACAACGACGUUGAAGAGUGCGCCAAGAAAAGCCUGCAGAGUGCCACAUCACAGGUAGCCACUAAAUAAAUUUAAGUAAUGUUGUUAUUAAAUUUCUGUGUUCAUUAAUUUAUAUUAAUAUAUUGUACGUAAUAUUUUUUUAAAGCAAAAUUAAAUGUUUUUUUUUGUAAAUCUUGAAAUACAUUAUUGAAUUUAAACAAUUUGUAAGAAAAACACUUCACUCAAAACUAUUGAAUGUUAGUUCAUUGAUCUGUCAGAGCACAAAGCUAGUUUGACAAAGCGCCGAAUAUGCUAUAAUCCUGUAGUAAGGUUCAAUGAUUUUGGACAAUUUCUUUACUUUUAUUCCUGAAUUUAAAUGAGCAUAUUUAUUCCAUGUACUUAAAUCUUUACCACCUCUACACCAAAUGAUGUGUUCAUUGUAACUGUGUUUUUGGUUAACAUAUAUUUUUAAGCUUUGAAAAUUUUUUUAGGAAAUAUUUUACCAGUUUUUAUAUAAUAGAAUAAAAUAUAUUAAGUUAUUGUAUUGACUUUUAGUCGGAUAUAUUUUAGACUCAUUGUUUAUGAAUCCGACAAUCUCGUACUAUGCAUUAUUUACAGAAGUGUUUGAAUCGUUCCAAUCUCUACUAAAUUUGUAAAAAUAUUAUAUUCGCACAACUUAUAUGUACUUCAAAAGUUUAUUUAUAAAAUAUUUACUUUUAAAAUGUAUAAGUAAAAAUGUAAAUAAUUUUAAAUCUCAUUGAAUUAUUACAUAAAUGAUUAAAAAAAAAAUACAUAAAAUACACAUAAUAAAACAAUUUCAUAGCAGUCAAUCAAAAAAAAAAAACGUUUUAAAUUUAAUGUUUUUAGCAAUCUUACAUAUAUAUUAAAAUUAAAUUAAUUAAGCCACUAUGGAGCACUGUACAAACAACGCAAUUGUACAUUAAUGUAUUUUAAAAUAACUAUUAUAUAAUAUUAUUAAUAUAAUAAAUAAGAAUUUGUUAUAGAAAAUUUAGGAUUCAUAUCUUUUAUAGAUAUUUCAUUAAUAGAUGAUGGUAGCGAAAUUAUAAAAUUAUCUUCAA